CGGUGCAAGUUCAAAGUCGCUCCACGUUAUUAAUUUUCUCUUCCCUUGCCUUGGUAUUAGCAGCUUCCCAAGAACUUAUAAUAUAUAUUCCUCUCUCUUUCUCCUUGAGUAAUAUUCUUUUAGUUUUUUCCUUCUGGUUUUCCUUGGGGGUCCUCCUAUGGAAGAUCAAAGCCAAGACCCUAACGGCAGCACGAGCCACGGCCACGAGAGAGGUGGUGGCGAGCCUGUGCGGUCGCGGUGGACCCCGAAGCCCGAGCAGAUCCUGAUCCUGGAGUCCAUCUUCAACAGCGGGAUGGUGAACCCGCCCAAGGACGAGACGGUGCGGAUACGGAAGCUGCUGGAGAAGUUUGGCGCGGUCGGUGAUGCCAAUGUCUUCUACUGGUUCCAGAACAGGCGGUCGAGGUCCCGCCGCCGCCAGCGGCAGAUGCAGGCUGCCAGCCUCGCCGCUGCUGCCGCCGCGGCCGAGCAGAGGAAUAAUAAUGAUCAGGGCCAGCAAGCUGAGGGUGCAAUUCAUCAUCAGUGUUAUGAUGGGAGCUCAAGUUCCGACAUGGGUCUUGCAUCUUUUGGGUCAUCGUGUUCAUCUUAUUCUAAUUAUAGUGCUUAUGGGUCAGAAUCCUCUUCUUCUUCAUGCGGAGUCAUGAGUCAAGAGGCUGGCGACAGUUUCUUUCCGAGCUUAAUGGGUCAUCAUCAUGUGGGAUUUCCUGAAAGUGACCAGAACUGCACUACGGGUCUAACUUCUUCAAUCUUGUGCCAACCUGAGGCUCCAAAUAUGCACUAUCAGCAAUCUGGAAUAAUCACAGUGUUCAUCAAUGGCAUACCAACAGAAAUCCCAAGAGGGCCACUCGACAUGAAAUCGGUAUUUGGCCAAGAUGCGAUUCUGGUUCACUCUUCUGGUCUUCCUGUUCCCACAAACGAGUACGGCCAUUUGAUGCAAAGCUUGGAGCAUGGUGAAAGUUACUUCCUGGUUUCAAGACCAACAUAAGGAGGAUCUGAACGUGCACCAAUGACUGAGAACACCUGCCUAGCUACGCAUAUGAGGGAUCAAUUCAAUCAAGCCUUUGGGUGAUUACAAUCGUGAUAUCAGAGAGUUAACAAUCACCAAUCUCUAUUGACACGAGGAAGGGAAGGAUGGAGAGACAGCCAGACAGACAGACAGAGGUGUCACACUUGUGCUUUGGGUAUCAUCAAUUUAACGAGCACUUAGAUGUUCAGAUUUCUAAAGAUUUGCAAAGUUUUGUCAUAAAUGUAUGUGAAACUUUUUUUCAAAGUGAAUGAAGAGUGGUCUAUUAGUCAGAAUUGUAAGUUUUUGUGUUGGAAA